AUGGGUUCUACUCUCAGUAUCGGUUCGGUAUAUACAAAGGAAGAUGUCGAGAUGGAAAUAGCGAAUCUCACACCUCGAUUACCAAUGGCCGAGUUGAUGAAUGGUGGUAUUAUUAAACUGCAAGGUGCUAACGGAUUUUUCAAUCCUAAUUCACUGCUUGAUGCAAGUUGGUUGCAAAAUGCGAUCACAGUCCAAGACUACCGCGAAGCUAUUAAUUAUAUCAACCAAUGUACAGCUCACACUUUUAUCGGUUUCAGUAAACUGUUUUCGACAGCUGAUCGACCAAUUCGCGAGAAUUUAAGAACACAAGCUGGAACGGCUGCUGUGAAGAAAAUCAAUGAACAUUUGAAGUCUGUUGAGUUUGUUUACCAACAAACAACUCAAAUGGUGCCUAUGAGCAUGACAUACAGUACUGAUCCGGUCGUUCAAUCUCUUGUUCGAUAUAAUGGUAUGAAAGGAGAGUCACAAAUUGUUCUACUCUAUAUCAGAAUACUUUGA